GUAAGCAUAAAGACAUUUGGGGUAAAAGACAAUUGAUUAAAGAAGUAAUUAAAGGUUUCGGCAAUGAAGAGUUGGAAGAAGUCAAACAAUUAGUCUUAAGUAUUAAACAAAAAAAACAAAGCAAGAACAACGCUGAACUGCUAUGGGUUGGAUGUGGUUAA